UCACCGGGUGUGAGCGAGUUGUUGUCACUGACAGUAACCGGCUACAGCCGGUUUUGAGCAUAUUGACAUCGCUUCCUCCAUUCCGUCGGAUUCAUCAUAUGUUGAAAGAAACCGGUUGACGUCUCAGAUCGCUGGCAGCCUAAACACCCUGGACACAUUUUUCUCGCAGUGCAGCCCGGACCGGUUCGUUUCUGUUACACUUUUAGAACAAGAUUGAAUUUGUUACGUAAUUUUAAUUGUGUAAUGGAUUGUUAAUGAAGCACAAGGUUUAAAGUUUACACUUCAGAUCAGCAGGUUCAUACCCCUCAGUGUCGGUCAUGGAGUGCAUGACUAAAGUCACUCUGACUGUGAGAGGGACAACAGCCUUGGGUGAGGUGAUAGCAGUGGUUGGCAGUUGCGAAGCCCUGGGUAACUGGUGUCAUCAAAAAGCAGUGACCUUACAUCCAGCAGAGGAAGAUGGCACCCUUUGGAGAACUACCAUCCAGGUUCCUAGAGGAGCUGAAACCAAAUAUCGCUAUUUCAAAGGCCACUUUUUAGAGGCUAAGAACGCAGGUGGGCCAUGUCAAGUCGUAGUCAAUAGAUGGGAGACCCAUCAACUGCCACGCUCUAUGAGCCCCUCAGAGCCAGAAUUUGUGAUUGACGAUGGGAAUUUUGGAUUCCAUAAUGGUGUUGAAUGUUUGGACUCUGGCUGGUUGACGUGCCAGACAGAAAUUCGUCUCAGGUUGCAUUUCUCCAUGAAGGCUCCAGUAUCUAUUACUAAAAAGAAGUUUAAGAAGGCUCGAUUCAGGUUGAAAUUGAUGAUUGAAGGGAUUGAAGAAGAAGAAGAGGAGGAGGAGAGCCCUUCACCAUGGCAUAAGAUGGCCACCACGUUAGAGAUCAGUAUGAUCAGCAGUGACGGAUACAAGUCUCGUCAUUCCCAGCCGGAACGCGGCUACGCCCUGGACCCUUCACAUUGGACCGAGUACAUAAUUCACACCAUGGACCCUGACAACCUGGAGCUCGUUUUUGAGUUCUUUGAAGAGGACCUGAUUGAGACCGUGGUUCAGGGAGACGUCCACCCAGGCCACGUGGGCACAGUGUGUCUUCUGUCAUCUUCAUUCAGGGAUAACGGAAAAGAUUUCGGUGCUCUUAACCUUCCCAUCAUGAGCCGUAACUCUAGACAGACCCUUGGAAAAUUUCAAGUGGAUUAUCUGGUGAUACGGCCAAUCCGGGGCCUUCAGUGUGACAUGGGACGAUCUUUCUCAAAGUACUGGAAGAAGAGAAGUGCACUUGAUGUUGGACACAGAGGAGCAGGCAGCACACAUGCCGCCAAACAUCACAAGAUCAGGGAAAAUACAAUUGCCUCAUUUCUAAGUGCAGCCAGCCAUGGAGCCGCUUAUGUAGAGUUUGAUGUUCAUCUCUCCAAGGAUUUAGUUCCUAUCGUUUACCACGAUCUCACCUGCUGUAUUUCUACUAAGAAGAAAAAUGACAAGAAUUCAAUGGAAUUGUUUGAAGUUCCCGUCAAGGAUCUGACCUUUAAUCAACUUCAGCUGCUUAAACUGGCCCAUACAGCUGCCAUGGUAAUUGAUGAUCACAAAGACUUGCAGGAUGAAGAGGAGUACAUAUAUGAACACCAGCCUUUCCCGUCACUUUCACAGAUAUUUCAGGCUCUUCCAGAACAUGUGGGAUUCAACAUUGAGUUAAAGUGGAUCACUCAGUUCAAGGACGGCUCCUGGGAUGCUAAUCUCUCCUCCUACUUUAAUAUGAAUCAGUUCCUGGACAUCAUCCUGACAUGUGUGCUACAGAACGCUGACAACAGGAGGAUAGUCUUCUCCUGUUUCGAUCCUGAUGUUUGCACGAUGGUCAGGUUAAAGCAGAACAAAUAUCCCAUCUUGUUUCUGACCCAAGGAGUGACGGACAUCUACCCCGAGUUUAUGGACAUCCGCUGUCAGAACACAAAGAUUGCCAUGAGCUUUGCUCAAAGCGAGAACAUUCUGGGAAUCAGCGCCCAUGCGGAUGACCUCCUACGACACAUGGAGAUUAUCAGAGAAGCUCAGUCCAAAGGGCUGGUGGUCUUCUGCUGGGGUGAUGAUAACAAUGACCACGAAAACAGAAGGAACUUAAGGGACCAUGGCAUUGAUGGGCUCAUAUAUGACAGAAUCUGCGAAGACAAAACCGAGCAGGCAAACAUUUUCAAAGUAGAGGAACAGAGUUCGAUAAAGGACGUCAUCUCUGAGGAGACGCUACAAACAUGUGCCUGCUCCACCUACAGCAUUCCCUGCUCCUCUUCACCCUGUGUGGGAAAAAGCCGGGAGGUAAACGGGGAGUCGGACUCCAGCCUCAGUUCCUGUUGAGAAUCACUCAUCUCAUCCACUUUCUUUCCGACAAUGCAACUUAACCAAUGCACCAAUACACUCCAUCAUUUAGCCAGAUUUUACUUGAAUCUUUUUUUAUGGUAAAAGAUAAAUGACUAAAUGACAUUGAGAAGUAGACAAACACUAGCUUCACAACCGGUAACAUCUUAUGCAACAUUUUAUACAAAUUGCUGUAUAUUUGAAUGCAGAAAUGCUGUGUGUGUGUAUAUAUAAAUAAUCAGUUUUAUAUAUACACCGUACAUAUAAUUUUAUUUUUUUCCAAAAACUCUUAAUAUUCUGAUGUGUCUUGAAAACACCACCAGUUUCUUAACGGUGGAUAUUUAUUCAAUUCAUUUCUUUUCAUUUUAUCUGCAAAAUUAGUAUUGACCAUCAAUUAUGCAACUUAAGUAGUAUUUAAAUAACAAGAAAACAAAUACGUUAGGGUAUUAAUAUUUACGUACUAUGCUUGAAUACAAAUCUGACUGAAGUGUUUUCAAAAAGAAACAUAAAUAUUAACAUUUAAACAUUCAUUAACAAGAAGUUAUUUUAUGUGUUAAUGCUAUAAUUUGGCAAUUUUCAAUAGCUUACAGUGGUGUUGGUUUUUCGUUGUAAACAUUAAAAAUGCAGACACUCGUUUGUAAAUGACACACAUUGAUUGUUUCAUCAAAACAAAAUUUAACCGGUGCAUAUAUUUGCUGUCUGUUUUAAUGAAUGUGCCUGUAAUCUGUACAUGUAUCUGCUAAGCUUUAGUGUGACUGUAUGUGCAUUGUGCAUGCAUUAAUCUUGCUUUCCUCAAUGCAGAGAAAUUGAAAUCAUUCAUAUUUGCUGGCACGCACCACACUGGACCAAGUAUGAAUCCACACAAUAGGCAUACAUCACUGUGCCAAUAUAGAAAACAAUGGUGAGAGAGCCACAAUAAACGUAUUUAAUACAAA